AUACCAUGAAAACACUGCUCGUAGCAUUAACGCGCGGAACGACACCCAUAAACCGGGGAUAAAGGUCAAGGACAUAUCGUGUUGUGUACAUGAGAAAAGCGAACACGGCUCAGACAAGACUUUCUUACACGAAGCGAUGAGUAUUCUAACAACGGGGACAAAAUGUCCAAUGAUUGUUCUCGCUGGCAACUCUCACACGGAGCUAGCCAACUCCAUUGCGAAACGUCUUGGCACCAGGCUGGGUGAGGCAUCUGUCUACCACAAGACCAACAGAGAGACAACUGUGGAGAUCAAGGAAUCUGUCCGGGGAAAGGAUGUCUACAUCAUACAGACAGGCACUAAGGAUGUCAACAACGACAUCAUGGAGCUGCUUAUCCUUGCCUAUGCCUGCAAAACCAGCUCAGCUCGCAACAUCAUCGGUGUUAUACCAUAUCUGCCGUACUCCAAACAGAGCAAGAUGAGGAAGAGAGGCUCUAUUGUCUGCAAGCUGCUAGCCACCAUGCUGGGCAGAUCAGGUCUGACUCACAUCAUCACUAUGGACCUCCACCAGAAGGAGAUCCAGGCCUUCUUUGACGUGCCUGUUGACAACCUCCGAGCUUCUCCAUUCCUUGUUGACUAUGUCAAGGAGUUUAUUCCUGACUACAGAAAUGCUGUAAUAGUUGCCCGGAACCCCAACUCUGUGAAGCGAGCAUCCUCAUACGCAGAGCGGCUGCGACUCAGUAUUGCCGUCAUCCACGGCGAGGAGAAGAUAGAGGAGUUGGGAUGUGAUGGGAGGAACUCUCCCCCUCCUCUGCCCGAGGAGGAACAACUCCCAAGGAACCAUGAGUUUGGGAUAGAGACUCUACCAACAAUACUGGCCAAAGAGAAACCGCCCCUGAAUGUGGUGGGAGACGUUGGAGGCAGGAUAGCCAUUAUUGUGGAUGACAUGGUAGAUGACGUGUUGUUGUUUGUGAAGACAGCAGAGGCUCUCAAGGAACGAGGAGCUUACAAGGUGUAUGUCAUGGCCACCCAUGGCCUCCUGUCUUCAGAUGCACCAAGACUCAUUGAAGACUCUUGCAUUGAUGAGGUGGUUGUGACAAAUACUGUACCCCACGAAGCUCAGAAGAUGCAGUGCCACAAAAUCAAGACAGUGGAUGUCAGCGUCAUGUUGGUGGAAGCCAUCCGCAGAAUUCACCAUCGAGAGUCCAUGUCCUACCUCUUCCGAAAUAUUGGUGUAGAUGAUUAAUUAUGCAAGCAUGUGAGGAAAUUUACUCAUUCAGGAUCUCCUUCUGACCUGUCUGUGUCCUUCAGAGGUGAAGGUCGCCUAGAUGGUUUCAUGUCUCAUCAGAGUGACAUCCCCUGUGUGUUCAACUCCCGAUAUGUUCCUGUUCAGUUUGUGUUUAAACCUGAAUGAAAAGCCCUAUCAGUUUCCGAAUGAUAACUGUUUUCGAAAUUUAAAAUGAAAAUGUAGAGGCCCUUGUCAUGAAACUGAUAUCAAAAAUCAAAAUAUGUAGAUCACCCCUUGCCUUGGAUGCUGUUGCAGAAAAAACCCAAGGAGGCCCCAUCAUGUCUGAGAGUGCUAUGUUACCAUGGUUACAACAAUUAUGAAGAAUGUUCCCUGUUCUUGUAUUUAAGUAUGAAGUUUCACCAUAUGUUUCAGAUUUUGUAUGAAGAUAACAAGUCAUACAUAGCAUACCUUUUUAUCAUUUAAGUCAAACAUUAGUCAGGUAGAAGUACAUUUUCAAUUGAUAAAUGUGUUUGUACCUAUAUAUUUUGUGAUGAAUGACUUGUUUUCAAGUAUCACACGUAUUCAGUGACACUGACAUUUCACAUUUGAUACUUUGUUAAUUGUCUCUAUUUUCUCGUUAUGACUUUCUUUCUGUUGGACUUCGUCUAUCCACAUACAUAAGUGGGCCUUACAAUCAGGAACUAUUUUUCUAUCUGACACUUGUGUCAUCUCCUACUGUAUAAUGUUUUGUGAUAGAUGAUCCACCCGUGAUAGUGAGUCAGUAGGACAUUAUAUCUGUACCUGUUAGAGUGGCAUAGUCGUCUAAGGCGCCGCGAUUCGCUGUGCAGUGUUGCGUCCCUUGGGCACGCCAGAAACCUAUGAUUGUGGGUUCGAAUCCCGGUUCGCCCCAAUUAUGUUUCUAGGUUUGUCAGCACCAUACC